GCCCCCUGGAGGACAAAGCCAGAACCACAUCGAUGUUGUUGUUUUCCCCUCCACGCACGAAACCACGCGGGCCACAAACACACGCCUCUGCUUUCGUUGUGUGCAAAACUGCUCAUCGCAACUUGGAGCACACGUUGCUGCUUUCUGUUUGUCACCAAGCGGACAACAACUUCCUUCUCUCUCCGCCUGCUCGAGAGGAAAUGACGUCAUGGCGGAGGAGAAUAUAAAACCUGCUGCAGGUUUGAUGAGCUGUUUGCUGCUCACCUCCACCUUGCAGUGGCGCACCUGCACCUCGCUGCCUGCGCGCCACCCCAGCGCGCCAAACUCUGACGCCUGUCCCGCGCUCUUCAGAAGCCUCCUGCUCAACAUCACGGAACUUGUCAAAAGUGAGAUUCUGUGGCACGGCAUCACGUCAGAAACUGACGCCGUCAGCAGCCCGUCGGACACCGUACGCGCAUGCGCGCCCAACAUCCAGCUGAAUUCAAGCUGCAUGAUCAACAGGAAUUCCUCCUUCAGUAAGAGCGAGUGUCUGCUGAACAUGAAGAAGGACUUGCUUCACUAUCACGCCGUCAUCCAGUCCUACCUCAAGUCCACCCACAGGAGACCUAAAGAGCAAGAGGCGCUUUUCCUCCCCACCUUGAGAAGCAUCCAGAACCUGCAGCAGAAGUGUUCCCCGAUGGCAAAUAACGGACAAGACUUGGCAGAGGAGGAGGCGUACCAAAGGUGGGGCUCCAACCCCUUCACUAACAGACUUGAGAUGUGCAAGACCAUGAGAGGCUUCUACAUCCGAGCCAUCACCAUCAACAGAGCCAUCAGCUACAUCUCGGCCGCCCAUCACAGGAACUAAACGAUCCUGCUCGGCGUUGAUAUCAGUGCAAUCACCCUUGAAAAGUUCAAAGAAGCAAAGUAUCAGAAGUGAAAAAUGUCGGACCCUGUCUGACGAGAGCCUCGUACUAACACAAACCUCCCAUAAAAACAUUCCAGAAUUUCUCUGAACCGUGAGCUGGGUUUCCUUCUCGUGUUCCUGGUCCAGGUUGCUGCUGUAGGCAGGAUUUGCAAAGCUUCAUUUCUGCAGGGAAAAUGAGAAAAUAACUUCAGCUUCCAUGUAUUUAUUUUACUAGAGCGGCCUCUGCUGGCCAUAAUGGGAAACUACCUCACACUGAUAUUGAAACAAGUCAACAGUUGGCCAAUCUUUCCAAUAUUUGGGAAACACUUUUCUGUCACCACUCUAUUUAUUAUUAUCUAUUAUUAUCUUUCUAAAGUUGUAAUAAAGCACAUGUUGUGAAUCAA